UACUUAAUAGCAUGUCACUGACUUACGGUCAGUUUACUUUGCCUCGGCUGUAUUUUGACACACUAUUAAGUAGAGUAGUUUAGGCUCUGGGACGGAGCUUAGAAGGCUUUAAAAAAAGUUACUUCCUUGUGUUUAGAGAAUAGAGGAACUGAGCACUUUGCUCAACUAAGCUGAUAGAAAAGCAUUUAAUUGUUUUAAGCCAAACAUAUUUGCAGCUUCUUCCUGAAUGUAAAAUGUGAAUUUGGGUGUUGGAGAGGACUGUACUUCGACGUGGACUUCCAGUAUUUUCCUUGGACGCAGCGUUUGUGUGCCAAAAGACAAGAUGUCAGGACGAUACGGAGACCUGACGGAGUAUCAGAAAAGUCUGAUAAAGCGCUACCUCGAGAGCGGCAUCAUAAUGACCGUGUACAGGCAGAAAAUGGAGAGGCUGAGCGUACAGGUCAUCAUGGAGACCAGGCAGGUGGCGUGGACCCGGGUUGCUGGCAAGUUAGAUGGAAUGUUGGACAUUUCAGAGAUCCGCGAGGUACGUUCAGGAAAGAACUCCAAGGACUUUGAACGAUUUAAGGACAGCAAGGACAAGCAUGCGGAGAACAUGUGUUUCACAAUUUUCUACGGUUCCCAGUUUGUCCUUAACACCCUGAGCUUGGGGGUGGACUCGGUAGAUGAUGCAGAUAAAUGGCUAAAAGGACUGGAGCUGCUUAGAGAUGAGACACUGCUGGCUUCUACACCAGAAGUUAUAGAAAGUUGGUUGCGCAAGCAGAUGUACUCCGUUGAUCAGACCAAGAAAAACAGCGUCACUCAGAAGGAGGUCAAGUCUCUGCUGAAUCAGAGCAACUUUAAAGCACCUGGGGGACGAUUUCUGAAGGACAGAUUCACGGCUGUUGGAGGGAAAAAAGACCUCCUUGACUUUGAGCAGUUUCACAAGUUCUACAAUGAGUUAAUGUUCGAAAACCAGAGGACGAUACUGGAUGAAUUUAAAAAGGAGUCCUGUGCAUUCAUCAUGGGGAACACUGAAAGGCCUGAAGCCUCUGUAGUUCAUCUAUAUGACUUCCAACGCUUCCUUGUCUAUCAGCAAAAAGAGUCCUGGGCUAACAACGUAAAUCAGGUGCGAGAACUGAUGACCACUUUCAUCGAUGACACCAUGAGAAAAACCAACGAUCCAGAGUUCACAGUUGGGGAGUUCCUUAGCUUUCUGUUUUCCAAAGAGAACUCCAUUUGGGAUGAGAAAUACUCCGAACUGUCGAGCUUGGACAUGAACAACCCUUUAUCUCACUACUGGAUCAACUCGUCGCAUAAUACCUAUCUGACUGGUGACCAGCUACGCAGCGAAUCUUCUACAGAGGCCUAUGUGCGCUGUUUGAGACUUGGCUGCCGCUGCAUUGAGUUGGACUGCUGGAAUGGACCAGAUGAAUGGCCCAUCAUUUACCACGGAUGGACAAGAACCACCAAAAUUAAGUUUAAAGAUGUAGUGAGGGCUAUCAACGAGCAUGCCUUCGUAACAUCUGAGUAUCCAGUGGUGCUGUCCAUAGAAGAGCACUGCGAUGUGAGGCAGCAGAAACUGAUGGCUCAGUACUUCAGAGAGGUGUUCCAGGACAAGCUGCUCAUUGAACCUGUGGAGCUGGAAGCAGAGCAGCUGCCCUCACCCAAUCAGCUCAAGGGCAAGAUCAUCAUCAAGCAUAAAAAGCUGAAUAUUGGUGAGACCUUUGGAAGAAAAGAUCUGUCCAGAGGAGAGAAGCAGGGAGAACUUUUCAUCUGGGACCCCAUAGAUGAGACAUGGUAUAAGCACUACUGUGUGAUAUCCAAAAACAAACUGUACUAUGCAGAGGAAAACGAGCCAGAUGAGGACACGAGAUCGUCUGUAAGCAGUGUGGAUUUGCACCGGUCCGAGCCCUGGUUCCAUGGGCGUCUCGCUGAGGGCAGACAGACCGCCGAGAGACUGCUGCAGGAAUUCUGUGCGGAGUCUGGGGGUAAAGACGGAACUUUUCUGGUGCGAGAAAGCGACACCUACGUUAAUGACUGCACGCUGUCUUUCUGGCGCAGUGGGAGAGUACAGCACUGCCGGAUCCGCUCAUCCUCAGACGGGAACCACAUUAUAUUUUUCCUGACCGAGAACUUGCACUUCCCCAGCGUUUAUUCUCUGAUACAGCACUACAGAGAGAGCCCACUUCGUUGCCACGACUUCAACUUGCGCCUCACUGACUUUGUGCCCCGGCCGAACAUGCACCUGAAUGAGGGGUGGUUUUACAGUAACAUGAGUCGAGGUGAGGCAGAAGACACGCUACUGAGGAUUCCUCGAGAUGGAGCCUUCCUCAUAAGGCAGAGGGAAGAGUCAGACUCUUACGCCAUCACCUUCAGAGGCGAAGGCAUGGUCAAGCACUGUCGUAUCCACACAGAAGGAUCCAUGUAUGUGUUAGGCUCCUCCAGUGAGUUUGAGAGUCUGGUGGAGCUGGUCAACUACUUCCGUAAGAAGCCUCUCUACCGCAAGACCAAACUGCGCUACCCAGUAACACCAGAGCUUGUGGAUCGCUUCAGCAUGACUGACAAGUCAGCUUCACUUUACGACAGCAAGCAGUACGUGGAGGCCAAUGAAAUCGAACCAUCUCCGCCUCAGAGCACAGUGAAAGCUCUUUAUGAUUACCGGGCCAUGCGGCCAGAUGAACUCAGCUUCUGCAAGGGCGCACUGAUCUACAACGUUACCAAAGAGAACACUGGAUGGUGGAAAGGUGAUUAUGGUGGAAAAGUGCAGCUUUAUUUCCCAUCAAACUAUGUAGAAGAGGUUGGAAACUCUGCUGCUGCUGAGCAGAAAGAACUGGGUGAUGAAGAUAACCCAUUGGGUGACUUGUGUAAAGGUGUAGUGGAUAUUUCCAAGUGCAAUGUUGUGCGUUCAGCGCAACACGGCAGGCCGGUGGUGGUGACGCUGCAGAAUAAGGACAGUAAAGAGAGCGGGAUGCCAUUCCACUUGGCCACGGAGACCACAGAGGAGCUGUUCGAAUGGUACCAGGUGGCCUGGGACAUCACUCAGAGAGAGGGAACCCGUGAGUUUGAGCAAAAGGAGCAGGAGAAGGUGGAGAUCAGAGAUGAGGUGGCCAAGGAAAUGUCUGAUCUGGUAGUGUACUGUCAGCCUCGCAGCAAAGACAAGGAUCGCUUUGACAAUUUCACCUACAAAGAGGUCCGCUCCUUUGUGGAGAAUAAGGUUCCCAGCAAAAUUCGCUCAUUCGAGUUCCUGAUGUAUAACCGCAAAGCCCUGAGCCGCAUCUACCCCAAAGGCCAGCGAGUGGACUCCUCCAACUAUGACCCCCAUUUUCUAUGGAUGUGCGGCUGCCAAAUGGUAGCGCUCAACUUCCAAACUGCAGAUAAGUUUACUCAGCUGAACAGCGCCCUCUUUAGUCUGAACGGAGGCACAGGAUACGUCCUGCAGCCUGAGUUCAUGCGCGCGGACACCUAUGACCCUCAGCAGGAGAAGAGGAGCGUCAGAUUCACCCUCUGUGUCAGGGUGUUGGCAGCCAGACACCUGCCCAAGACGGGGCGCAGCAUCUCCAACCCCUUCGUGGAGAUCGAGCUGUGUGGCCAGACUGACGACACCACCAAGUUCAAGACCACAGUCUGCCAUGAUAACGGAUUGAACCCAGUGUGGCUCGGACCUCAUCGGCAGGAUGCGGAGACCAUCACCUUCACUGUGUAUGAACCAGAGCUGAGCUUCCUGCGCUUUGUGGUGUUUGAAGAGGACAUGUUCUCAGACCCCAAUUUUCUUGCUCAGGCUACCUUCCCGGUGAAGGGCAUACGCACGGGGUAUCGAUCAAUUCCUUUGAAGAACGGCUACAGUGAGAACCUGGAGCUUGCUUCUCUUCUGGUCUAUGUGGACAUUCAGCAGGUAGAGAAAGCAGAAGAGGAGCUGUACUCUUCCUCCAGCCAACUCCGAAAAAGACAGGCUGAGCUGUGCAGCGAGCUCUUCUUAUACGACACACACUCCGGCCUCCAGCGUGGCGCAUCCUCGACCCACCACGACGUCCUUCUGCAGGAGUUCAGAUCUAAUGAAAAUCAGCUCCAGAAGAUUGACGAAGCAUGCAAGCAGAACUCUGACUUACACACCAACCAGUCUUUGAGGAUAAAAGAGAAGAAGAUCAACAACAGCAGGUUCUACUCUUGAAGAAGUGCUCAACACAUCGCCUACCCGCUCCCCCUCACACACAUGUUCUAGUGAUAAAGCGUCCUCUCCCUGGCUCAGCUGCUCUACUGCGGAAACUUACAGAACAGGCAGAUUAAAGCAGAAGAGAUGGGAGUUGCGAUAGCUUUGCUUUCCAGACUGGAAAGUCCAGGGGUGUGAACGCUCUCAGACACUGAUUAUUGACUUCCUUCGGCAGAACAUCCUUUAAUUGUGAAGAGCUGGGACUGUGCAGAGACGUCUACAUGGAGCAAAGCAGUGUGGCUGAACCGUCUUACUCAAACUACAAUUCAUAUUCAUUUGCAGUGUGAUAAAUAUUUGUGGUUCAUUUACUGCCAAUGGUUUAAUGAAAUAAUAAUAAUAAAGAACUAAGCUAAAGAACUGACUUUUUUUUUUCAUAAACAAAAGACUUUAAAAUAUAAAAGAAAAGAUUAAAACUUGAGUCAAACGCAUACAAAUGAAUGUACUGCCCCGUCUAAAUUGUGUUCCAAAAUCUUCCG